GAUUUUUUUAAAAAGGUAAAAAGAAAAAGAAAAAGAAAAAAGUCAAAACACACCGCUACGAGUUUCAAGUUUGCAUAGUGCCAUCAAAACUGUAAUAUCCCCAUUUCUUGAGCACACAAUUCUUUUUUUCAUAACCUCAAAAACAUAGUGACGGUUGAGCACGAGUUUAGUAAAAAGGUUGAAGAUAACAACAAUUAAUAAUGGCAAUGGCGAAUAUAAUCGGUCUUCUCAAGAUUAGAGUGAUUAAAGGUACCAAUCUUGUAAUCAAGGAUUCAUCCAGUAGCGAUCCUUAUGUUAUCAUUACUAUGGGUUCUCAGAAAUUGAAGACACGGCAUGUGAAAAAUGACUGCAAUCCUGAAUGGAAUGACGAACUGACUCUUGCAAUUUAUGAUCUUGAUGAUCCAAUCAACUUAACAGUGUAUGACAAAGACACAUUUACUAGUGAUGACCUAAUGGGUGAGGCUCAGAUAGACAUAAAACCAUAUGUAGAAUGUCUGAAGGCAAGAUUAUGUGAUCUCCCAGAUGGCACCGUUGUUGAUAAGAUCCUUCCGAGCAGGGAAAAUUCGAUAGCUGACGUGAGCCAAAUCAUUUGGAAGGAUGGAAAGUUAGUGCAGGACAUGAUUCUCAGGCUUAAAAAUGCGGCAACUGGUGAGGUAGAAAUCCAAAUCGAGUGGGUGGAUGUUCCAAAAUCUUAAAACUCUUGUAUCUUGAGGAUGUGGGAAGGUUAUGCGUCUGUUUCCGACUUCUGAGUGGAGUUACAGCCAUGGGCGGAUUUAGGGGGGGGGGGGGGGUUCAAGGGGAUUCAUUGAACCCCCAGAUUUUUUGAAAAAAAUUUAUAAGUUUUGAUAUUUUUUUUUUUUUAAAAAAAAAAAUAAGGUUAAAUAUUUUUUUGUGAAGUAAAUAAACAAAUAUGUAACUUUGGUACAUUGGUAAGGGAGUGACUAAUAGAGUAGUGAGGCUCCUCUUGAUCAUGGGUUCGAGACCAGCCACCCUCAUUUCUUUGUUUUGUUUUGUUUUGUUUUCCCCUUUUGAUUUCUUCCGUUGUUCUUCAUGAGUUAGUCCAUAGUUGGUUCAAUAAUUUUAGGAGUAGUAUGUUGGUCAUUUUGUUAAGUUAGAGAGUCAAAUGAAUUUAGAAGUUAAUGAGUUUAUUUAGUGGGUUUAAUCAUGGCAUUAUACUUUCAGUUUUUUAGCUUAUUAUUUGUUGUUUGUUAGCCUACAUAUAUGGCUCUUGUAUUUAGUGAAUUAAGCAUGAAGAAAUAUUAUGAGUUCUUUA